AUGCGCCGGUCAACACGCCCAACGGCCCAUGAGCUCACUGACCUCGACGCCGGCCCCUCCGAUGCUGCCAGCGUUGCGUUUCCCGACGGCGGGCGCGAGGCUUGGACUUGUCUAUUGGGGUCAUCUUUGAUGAUGUUUCCUUCAUUUGGGUUCCAGACAGCAGUUGGCUCUGUUCAGGACUACAUCAGCACUCACCAACUGGCCACUUACAGUGUCGGAGAUGUGGGCUGGAUCACGGCGGUGUUGGUCUUCUUGACGCUCUUUCUAGGAGUGCAAGUAGGCCCGCUGUUCGAUCGCUAUGGCCCUCGCCUGCUGUUAGUAUGCGGGUCGCUGGCCAGCGUCGUCUCCUAUUUCCUGCUGGCGGAAUGCACCAAGUAUUGGCACUUCAUGCUCUGCUUAAGCGUCCUGGGCGGCAUGUCAUCGGCAGUGAUUACCACGAUCGCGAUCUCUGCCCUCAGUCAUUGGUUCUACCGUCGUCGAGCACUUGCAUCGGGGAUCUGCAUGUCGGGAUCGUCAGCGGGGGGCGCGAUUAUUCCGCUGUUACUACGAUCCUUGUUUGGCAAGUAUGGCUGGUCGUGGGCCAUCCGGAUUGUCGCGUUCAUGGCUCUGGGUUGUUACGCUGUUGGCAUACUGCUGGUAAAAGGACGGCUACCAGCCACGACUUCGAGCAGAGCGGUAAUUGAUUUCCGCGCGUUCAAGGCCCCGCGGCUUUGCUUUUUGGCAGUCGCUGUUUUCGCCUUUGAGUUUAUUAUUUUUGGCUGCGCUGCCCUGCUACCAACAUAUGUUCGGUACACGGGCAUGAAUCUUGACGUACAAUUCUACUCCCUCACGGUGCUCAAUAGCAUGAGUGCACUUGGCAGGAUUGUCCCCGGCUUUGCUGCGGACCUCUUGGGGCGUUUCAAUAUUCUCAUUUCGUUGGUCAUCCUCACUUUGGUCGUGAUGUGCUCCGUAUGGAUCCCUUUUGGGUCUCAAAGCGAGGCCACUCUCUACGCCGUUGUGGCAAUCUUCGGUUUUGGGUCUGGAGGCUGGAUCUCCCUUGCUCCAGUCUGUGCUGGCCAGCUCUGUCGCACGGAAGAGUAUGGGCGUUUCUAUGGAACUGUCUACAGCGUCGCUGCUUUUGGUGUCCUCCUUACUGUUCCUGUUGGUGGUCAGCUGCUCCAAUCCACAACGCCUCAGGUUCUGGUUGGGUUCUACUCAGCUAUCUUAUUAGUCGGGCUGGUGAGUGCUGCCAUGUCUCGCUGGGCACUACUAGACUGGAACUGGAAAUGGAAAGUGAAGGUCUAG